AUGGACGUACCUGGCAUCGCUUUGAUAACAGGCGCAGCCUCCGGUAUUGGAAAGGCCACUGCAUUCAGUUUCGCCAGAGAUGGUGCCUCAGGUCUAGCCCUCCUUGAUCUGAACAAAGAAGCGCUAGAUGCUGUUAAAUUUGGAAUUGAAGACCAAGAACGAGAAAGAGGCAUCAUGAAUCCCUGCCGAAUCGAAGUCUACCCCCUCAACAUCGGAGACGAAAGCCAAGUCAACGAGGCCGUCCAGAGCAUCGCAUCCACCUUCGGCAGAAUCGACUACGUAGCGAACGCCGCUGGGGUUGCAAUGAAACAUGAAGGAGGGGCAGCGUUCGUCGAGACGUCCGAUUGGGAUCGAAUCUUGAACAUCAACCUAUCAGGAUCGCUGUUCUUACUCCGUGCCGCAGCCAAAAUCAUGCUCAAGCAAGAACCGAUCCUGUCUUCUCGAGACAGCAGGCCUUUACAGCGGGGCUCGAUUAUCCUCUUUUCCUCAAUUCAGGGAGUCGCUGGUAUACCCUUGUCAACUGCGUAUGCAGCAACGAAGCACGCGGUGAUUGGCCUCGUUAGAAGUUCAUCGGAGGACUAUGCAAAGGAUGGACUGCGGAUCAAUGCUAUCUGCCCGGGAUACACAGAGACUCCUCUCACCACCAAGUCACCGCAAAUUCUGCAAGCUAUGAAGGAGCGUGUGGCCACUGCUGUGCCGAUGGAGCGCAUGGGCAGGCCGGAGGAGAUUGCCGACGGUGUUAUAUACCUCGCUGGUGGACGGAGCUCUUUCGUCACAGGCACAGCGUUGUUGGUAGACGGUGGGUAUACUCAACGGUAA